UCUGAGCUGGUUGUGUGGCCCAAAAAGCCGAGAACAGGCAGAAGAGAGGGGCGUCGCGUUGUCAAGCUCCCCAAUAGUACAUCUUGCAUUUUGAUUUUCCCUCCAUCAACCUCAACUUUGUAAAGUUCAUAAAUCUGUCCUUUCAAAGUUACUCUUAGGCAGUAAAUCUUUAGGAUACGUGGUCGUGAAAUAUUCAGCAAAAUUGUACGAGGUGUGCGUCAUUUCGUCUGAAGCAGGAAGGUGAGGGGUAUCAUAAAUACCUACAUGAAUGCCAUUCCCCUGACCACUUCUAUUAGUAUCUCGAGCACCUCCUCUUUUGCGCAACAUAUAUCCCACCUCAAACAAAAGACCUCUCGAAUUAAUUUAUUAUCUACUACGAGUUCCGAAAGCUACUGCUACGUCAAAGGAGUGAAAACAGCAGAAGAAAUAGAAAAGCAGCCAUGGCAUCAGAAUUCCUCGUUUCUCUCUGGGAAUCUAUCUUCACACCCGGUCCCACUCCUGUUCUCCUCGUUGCGACCAACGCCACUUUCGCAGCUUUACAGCUCGUAUUCUUCCUCCUGUUGGUCGCUACCUACAGCAUUCAUUUUGUGGUUUUAUCGUUCCUGUGUGGUGGAUUAUGGUGGGCUAUAAACUGGUUCGCAGCGGAGCUGAAGAGAGUGAAAGAGGAAGAAGAGGCACGGAAGAAGACGGAAGGGAUAGCUGGAGGAGAUGGCAGUGAUACGGACGUAGAGACUAUUGUUGAUGACGAGGGCCCACCAGGGAGCAAGGAGGUUGAGGUAUUGGAAGUGAAAGGGGAUUUGAAAAGUAGAUCGCGUUCUAUUGGAGGCGGUAACAAGAGUGAACCUAGUACGGAGGAUGAGUGGGAGAAGGUCAGUGAGAAUGAAAAGGAUAAAUAAACACCGCAGAGGCGAAUUGUUGGAAUUGAUGGUAGGAAGCAUUCUUGUGAGAGGAAGGGAGCUCGAGGAAAUACCCGACCGUUUAGAUGAUCAUGAAUUUUGGUGUACCAUGCAAGUACAAAUUUUGAAACUUAUACAAGAAAUUAUGGACUAUGGAUACCCAAGGG